UUGGUUUGUUUGAUAUAACGUGGAAUGUUCUAUUAGACAUAUAUGCUAUAUAAAGGGACACAUGACUGCCUCUGUCUCCAAUACUAAAUAAAGAGUGGCACUCGGGAACAUCACUUUUCAAGAAGGAUUCCUGUCAAGGCCUAUUUGAAGGCUUCAUCGUUGUUGCCACGAGGCGCCUUCCUGGCCCCGUUCCUGCUCUUAAUGUUCGUGAUUGGAAUCCCUUUGGUUUACCUGGAGGUCUGUCUGGGACAAUUUUCGGGAACAAGUUCUCUUUUUGUUUGGAGAUUGUGUCCUUUGUUCAAAGGUAUUGGAUGGGGAGCAACUAUCGUGAGCGGUAUGAUUUCUAUCUACUACAUUGCAAUCUUAGCAUGGACAAUGCCUUAUCUGAUCAACUCCUUCUAUCCAACCCUGCCUUGGUCCACGUGCAGGAACUGGUGGAAUACUGACCAUUGCAUUGACCGAAAUCCUUCUAACGUCACUGGCUUAAACUCCACCAUGACAACGUUUUCUGCCAACGUUACAACACCCUUAGUUUCUGAUGCCAUCCAUAACCUGGAAAAGUGGAACACAACUGAUUCCUUCUUACAGAAGAUGCUUACUGUUGAGGGUAAAGGAAGAAAAACAGCUACUGAGGAAUUCUGGGAAUAUGGCGUGUUACAUAAGUCUGCUGGUCUGGAAGACAUGGGGGUCUUGCAGCCUCAUCUGGUCGGAUGUCUCUUCGCCUCGUGGUUGUUGGUCUUCUUGUGUCUUGUUAAGGGAGUAAAGUCAGUAGGCAAGGUGGUUUAUGUGACGGCUCUGUUGCCCUACAUUCUGUUGACAAUCCUGCUGGUGAGAGGGCUGCUUCUUCCCGGGGCCAUUGAUGGAAUAUUGUUUUAUGUAUAUCCUGACUUUACCAAACUGGCAAACUUCAAUGUAUGGGUUGAAGCGGGAAUACAGGUGUUCAUUUCUCUGGGGACUUCGUUCGGGCCUCUCAUCACCAUGGCAAGUUUCAACGACUUCAACAACAACUGUUUCCGGGCCUCUGUCGCCGUGUGUCUUGCUGAUGCUCUGUCCAGUUUCUUUAAUGGGUUCGUCGUCUUCUCAGUGGUUGGGUUCAUCGCAAAGGAGGCUAAUGUUACCGUCACAGAAGUAGCUUCACAGGGACCAGGAGUGGUUCUGAUAGCGUACCCGGAAGCCGUCAGCUUGUUGCCAGUACCUCAGUUGUGGGCAGUGCUGUUCUUUCUAAUGCUGCUUCUGCUUGGACUGGACACGCAGUUUGGGUUGGUGGAGAACGUUUUGACCAGCAUCAUCGACGCCUUCCCACGUCAACUGAGCCGACACCGCACAUUGGUCACUGCAGGAAUAACUAGCGCCUUCUUCCUUCUCGGGCUGCCUAUGACAAUGAAUGGAGGAAUCUACAUCUACCAACUGAUAGACUGGUUCGCGACAUCAUUCUGGGUGUGGCUUGCCGCCUUCCUGGAGUGCCUUGUCAUUGGUUGGAUAUACGGUGUGGGAAGGUUUUGUCAGGACGUGGAACUGAUGCUAGGAAGGCAACCCGGAACAUUGAUGAAGUUCUCUUGGUGUAUAUCUACACCUCUCAUUGUGUUGGGGCUCGUCCGGACUAAUCCCUAA